AUGAAGAUCGCCUCUGUUCAAACUCUCUUUCUAGUAGUUCUCGCCGGCACAGUGAACUUGUGCAAGGGAAUUGCAAUUGAUGCGGGCAAUGAGGUACGCCGUGAUCGAAUCUUGCAAGAGUUUCUUCAGCCCCAAGAACUUGAAGACAGCUGUGGAGAGCUCGAUUAUGCAUUGUUCAUUGCAGUGGAUAGAGGCCACUUGGGAAUGUUUGCUCAGCCCACAAGGGAGGAUCUUCCUGAGGAUGAUAAUGUUGAAGAAAAGUGUGGACCUGUCUUCUUCCACCAAAUGGACCCUGCUACCAAGGUAGUUGAACAAUCCAGCAUGGAUAAAUUCCCUCAUGGUGCCCUCUACCCCCUUGGAAACCACAAAAUGAGUGACAUCUUGGAGGCUUUUGAUUCUGUGCCAGUUUCCGAUGCCGAGUAUGACAUCAUCAAGAACCACUGUGCAAUAUUGGUCCUCCAAAUGAUGUGCUCUUUGAAGAUUCCUGUUAUCCAUCAAAUAUUAGAUUGGGUUGCUGAUGAGCUAAUGCGAAGGGACACCCAUGACAUCAUUAUGUUCCAUGCCCAUAACAGUACCAACUUUGAUGUGCUUGGAAUGGCCCGCAAUGAGUCUACAACAACUACCAUUCGUACUUUGGUUGCCUAUGAUGCUGACAUGUUUUACUGUGUGGCUACAGAUGAUGUGAAACAGCAAGUUGAAUGCUCCUCUGGUGCUGCAAGCAAAGUGUUUAGCUUCUUAUUGGCUUUUGCUCUUCUUGCUGUUGUGACUGGUUUCAUUACUGUCUGA